GAUGUCUAGUUUGCAGUUCUGUCAUGGCCAAGUGCCAUAGUGGGGGUGCCCCACUCAUCAACUCAACAGAGGCUACAGGAAAGACUUGUGUUCAUCUGGCAGCUGCUGCUGGGCACCAUGAAAUCUUGUUAGAGUUUGCUCAGAUUCCCAAUGUAGACUUUGAAGCCUUAGAUCCAGAUGAAAGGACACCCUUACAUUGGGCAGCGGUCAAAGGCCAUGUCAUUUGUGUCAAGGUGCUUCUGGAACUAGGGGUAUGUCCCUCACCUGUGGACCUUGAUGGGGGCACACCACACCAGUACAGCAUCCAGGCCAGAAAGAGCGAAGCAACAAAACUACUCAAAGGGACAGAAUGUGGGUUCGGCCAGGAGACGGAAGAACCUACAGAAUCGGAAGGAACCAAAGAUGGGGUGAAGAAGAAACGUUUUGCCUUUCUUACCAGUUGGUUAGACAAAAGAAAGAAUGCUAAAUCACAGUACAGCAGUGGAGAGAACAAACAGGACGGAAACUUUCAAGAUGUAUUUAGUGGUUUGCCACAGGAGGGCAGCGCAAGGAAAUCAGAAUCUAUACUGAAAUCAAAGAAUGAAGCCGCAAAGCUGGGAUCUACAAAAGGUGCGAUAGGUUUUGAUGUAAUGACGAGUGAUCCCAAACUCUUGGAGGACAAGAACAAAAAUGCAGACUUAACAAGAACUAGUGACAUUGUUGGGCUAAGUCUUUCGGAUGAUCAGAACUCCUCAAGUGAUCUUCGCCGCAGAACAAAUCAUGACACGCAAAUUUUGAAUAGAAGAAAAUUGCGAAGGAGACAGCUUGCAGAAGGUGAACUGCAACAUGCUGUGUCGGAACCGCAUAUAGGUUCUAGCUACCCUCCCCCAAAGCAUGUGGACUUACUGGAUAACCUCUCCCUUAGCUCUCAUCAAAGCCAGGUUACCAUGGUAACUAAUGGAUCAGGUGGUAGGAAGGAUGGUAGAGAUGAAGACUCUCCAAAAAUAAAUAUUCAAAACCUACAUGAUGGAUCCUCACUCCUUGUCAAGCCAUUCUUUAGGGCUUUGCCAAACGCAGAGGUUCUUCAACAACAAGCUAAGGAAAUCCUAGAGGCACAGAAGAGCCCAGGAGGGGGCCAUAAGCAGGUGAAAUCUGGAGGAUCGGCUGGUGGACGAGCUUCAACUAGUCUGGAUCACUAUGGGUUCAUGGGACGACCAAACAGUCCGAAACUUGCCCCUAUCUCAGCAAAACCUAGGAGACUCGAUUCACCGGGUGAGCUAUCAGUACCACUCCCUGCUGGGUUUAUUCAACAAAGAUCAUCAUCUCUCACAUGGGAAUCAUGGGAAAAUCAUUGGAAAGAAGGGAAAGAUCAGAUAAGACAGCGACCUGAUGUUCUAGAACCGAUACGGCACAAUAUAGUUGAUAAAUCAAAGAAAAAAAGAAAAAAGAAGCCAAGCUCUAAUCAUCUUAGGGAAGUAAAAGAACUUGACAAGAGAUGAUAAAUAAGACUCUGAUUGGUCGUCAAAAGAUUUAAGACUGAUGUGUGCUCCUGGCCAGUCACUUACCAACUCAAAUCCAAUGUGCAAUUCUUGCAGCUUUAAUUUGUUCAACAAGUUGUAUUUUUAUGUUGUGUGCUGAUCUUUUAUGAAGUCAUCAGGGGAUUCUUACGCCCAUUCCAGUGGAUAGAUAUAGAAUUGUAUGAAUGUACAAGCUUCAAGCAUUCCCUUUGUAAUUUGCACCUUGUAUUAAACGAGAAUAUCAUAGUUAAUGAAAUACCCCCUCUGAAUAGUUAAAUGGUUAUCAUUCUUUUUAACCUAUUUUGUGCAACAUCUUAAUUCCACAAUUGAGCUUCUCGACCAUCAUCUUGCAAUUGUGAGAGUUGACCUGUCAGCUGUUGUUAAAGGCAGAAGUUAAAAUUGGUUUUACAUUUAAAAUCUGAGCUGCAAGGCCACUCUUGACACCAGUGUCUGUGAUAUGUUUUAAAAAUGAAGACCAGAAAACAAAUUUGUGCCGCCAAAAUAAUUAUUAGUGCUUCAAAAGAGUGAAAUAUAAGGUGACUGGCAACACCUCCAUCUUGAUAGCAUCCCAUACACUAGCUUAUCUUGUGUUUAUCUCCCCCAGGAGAUUUAGUAAAUGAUGAUUUUACUGCCAGCAAUAUCUAGAAAGUGUCUGGAUGAAUUUGAUUUUUUUUUGUUAUAGUAACCUAUGCCUUUAAGUUGUUCAUUGUCAUUUGUAUAUAUACCUGAUUAAAAGGAAACAAUGUAUAUUGAAUGCCUUGCCUGAGACUGCUUGUGCCAAGGGGAUUUAAAGAGCAGGAAUUUCCUAUCCUAUACAAGGUAGUUGAUAUUUUAAUGCUUGAUGAUCAGGCCAAUGUUCUGAAUAGUAAUGAUUCUUUACCUUAUUUCAGUUUAUUUUGCAAACAAAACAAAGUGAUAUAAGGCUAUGGUUCUUUGCAUGCUGGUCUAUUGUUUGCAUGAUUCAAACUAAUCACAGUGACACCUUCAAAAUUUGUUUUGAUUAUUGCUAGUGUGAACUAGAAAAAAAUAGUGAAAUCGUUUUUAAACACUGAGGCAGAGAUUUAUUGACAACUCAAGAAACAUGUAAAAUAAAGGCUCAUGCAGGUCGCCUUUAUGUGUUUGUGAUAUCUGCCCUACCAAACUAGAUAAGUAAGGCUUUGUAGCAGCUCUAUAUUUAACACACAGUCUCUGCUUCUUCUCCUCAAAUUCAUAACAGUUGUUAAUUUUCCUAUUUAUGUUCAUACUUUGAAAAUUAUUAAAUAUGGAUAUUGGUCCAACACGAGUACAAAUGAAUUAUAAAUGUUUAAUUUUUUUUCAAUAUAGCUAAUUUGAAUAUUUAAACAGUUUUAAAAACAUUUUUUGAUUUGAUACUGCACUGGAAGUGUUUGUCUCUUUCCGACCAUAUUCCAUGUGUUCUCUUACAUGUCAAAUAUUAUAUUUCUUGUUGUUAUAUCAAUAUUGCUUCUGAAAUGAUUGUAUCUCAUUAAUGCUUUCUGUUCCUGUACAUGUACUUCACUGUAGUCGUGUCUAUCAAUCUAUAUAGAUCUUGUCACUACAUGUUUUCAAACAAACACUUCGUCAAAAUGCCUGAAAAUGAUUAACUGCAACAUCAGUUUAAAGAAAAUUGUAAACCCAUCUUGUUUUUAAAUCAUUACCAUGUAAUAUUUUGUAAGAAUGAUAAACAGUAUAGAAUGUGUGGAAAUUCUAGUUAACUUUAGUGCCUUCAUUCUCGCUCAAUUAUUGUAUAUGCACUGAAGAAAUCGAUCAAAUUGUCCUUAUAAAUGUAUUUGUAAGUUAUGUUAUCAAAACAGAUGUUCUUUAUCUAGAAACAUAGAGUACAUUAUUUUUUUAUUUAGGUGAUGUUUUUGUUAAUUCAAAUAUGUGUAAAGUCAGUGUGCUGUAUUUACCAUUGUGAAUCAAGGUCGAGCUAUGCUCUUGCUCAUUCGGAUUUGUUUUGGAUUUGUUGAAUAUUUCUUUUCAUCAAAUUCCAUUACAUAGAAGUUGCUAUAAAAAAUCGGCAUAAAUGGUUACUGCCAUCAAAUCCUUGAUAUUGAUUGGUUGAUGACCAUUUCUAUCAUGGAAUUUUCCACUAUGGUAACUUGAAUUGAAGCUUUGAUUUUGAUUGGUUGUUGAAGCAUGAUAACAAGCCUGAUUACCAUGGUACUUGGCAUCGGAUUGCAAAGUUACAAUAAUAGUAGCUUUUGUGUAAUUGGGCUUGGAUGGUUUUUCAUAAAGCUUUCUGCAAGAUACUUAUGACUUUACAAACGAUUCAAACAUACCUGGAACAUGGUGCUUAGUCAGCUAUGUAGGGAUAUAUUUUAAAGCACAACAAAGGGUCAUCGUAAACUCUUGUUUGAGUUUAAAAUCAGCUUUAUGAAAGGGCUCCCUUGUAUAUGGUCUUCUAUAUCGAACUCAAUAAGGGAAAAAAGUGCUGAAGAAUCAUGAUCAAUUCUUUUUUUUUAAUCUUUGACAGCAUUUUUUGUAAUAAGCUGCAUGUUCUAGGUAAACAAAUUUAAAGCGAUCAAACUGAAUCAUUUUUUUCUGAGAAUGUGUGCUGGUGUAUUAUAUUUUUACUAUGCCAAAAUUCGAACAACUCAUUUUAGGAACAUGUCAAGUGCAAUGUUUUUCCAAUACUGCAUGUAUUUUAAGUAAAGAUAUUUGUUAUCUUACGUUUCUUGUAUAUAUCAAUGAAACCCAUUUCCAAUGUUUGAUAUCAUUGUGAUUGAAUGCCAAAUUAUAGAAAAAAUCUUUGUACUUUGACAAUCAUUAACGUCAUGAACAAAUCAUUCACAAAUUGUUUUUUCAUGUCUGUCAAUCGUUUUAAGAUUUAAAAUUUAGUAUUAAACUUUAUGUAAUAAUUUUGGUUAGACAGCAAGUUAAUAUGUUGUUCAUUGAUGUUUAUCUCUUUGAUGGUUCAUAUGAACCCAAUUUAGAGGGCAUAUACAUAUACAUUUACAUUUACAGUUAAAAGUAAAUAUUUGUUUACAUUAUAACAUUUGAUUGAUUUUGAUAAAGGUAUGCUGCAGUAUAGUCAAAAGAUGAGAAGUGCUCUUAAGAUCAAAAUCAAUAUGAAUUUUGGUUUUAAUUGAUCUCAACUAAGGAAAGCCUCAUCUAGAAUGUAGAAGUCCUUUUGGUUAUUUUGUAAACAUCACAGACGAAUGCUUUUGCCAGCAUAAUUGAUUUACAAACAUGCUCUUUUUUACACAAAGUCAAGACCCAUAUUGAUGAAGAAUGAUGAUAUUGAUCGCAUUCCGAUAGUGUUAUUGAUAGGAUCAGUCACAACCCUUUGAUAGAUGAGGUCUUGAUAUAUGUAGCUGUUGUUGCUAAAACUCUAGUACUCAAGUAAACUAUUUGUGUCUUAGGCUGCAUUGAAAUUGUCACUUUUAUAAUUCCAGUAUUUAUUCACUUCUACAGAAAUUUAUAAUUCUUUUAGAAUGUCAUUGGUAAUGAAUUUUAUCUUACAUUUUAAAGAGUGUGUGUUAUUACUUCAUCCAUAUGGUAGAACAGAGUUUCUUAUGUUCUUGUAUAUGACAGAUAAUGGUAAGUUUGCUCUAUCAAAACUAUGUUUAGAGUUAUGGCUUCAAAUCAUGUUUAUAUUCUUGAUUGACUAUAUUGUGAGAAAUAUUGCUUAACUGUUCACAUGAACUAUAUAAUGUUUGUAAUAUAAUUAUUAUAAAUAAUUGUUUAUUUUCCGCACUGUAUAGAACAUCAAAUAAUAUUUGAUUAAAGAAUAUUGAUUAGGGAGU